AUGUCCGCUCCUUCCACUUCCUCCGAGAGGUCUACCGUUUCAGCCAAUGCUGCCGCUGCUCGUCAACCGGACUACCAGACUGCUCUGCAGGCUGCUGCUGCCACUGCGGUUGCUGCUGCCAACUACCAAGAUGACUACAACUUGGAAUUGCAUCACCAACAGCAACAAUUGGCUCAACAACAACAACAACAACUUCAGUACCAGCAACAAGCUGCACAACACUCUUUACACCAUCACCUCCAACAGCAACAACACGCGCAGAACCAUGCUGCCGCCCAGGCCGCAGCUGCUGUUCAACACCAACAGCAAAAUUUACACGAAAGUUACGAUGAUGGUGAAGUUUUAAGAUCCAAGUAUGUUGAAAACGAGAUCGUCAAGACCUUCUCAUCCAAGCCAGCAUUGGUCGGAUUUGUCAAAAAUGUCUUGUGCAUUGAAGAGCAAUGUAAGAUUGUCAUCAACUCAUCCAAGCCUAAGGCUAUCUACUUCCAAUGUGAAAGAUCCGGUCUGUUUAGAACAACAGUCAAGGACUCUGCCAAGAGACAAAGAGUUGCUUAUACUAAGAGAAACAAGUGUGGUUACAGAUUGGUAGCUAACUUGUACCCACCAGAAAAGGAUAAGAAGAAGGCUCAACAGCCUAAGAAAUUGGGUUCUCCAGAUGACGACCAAAAGGUUGGCUUUGAAAGGAAUUUAGAUGACAAGUUAACCGAAUUCGAUACUGGUGAAAUGUGGAUUUUAAGAAUGAUUAACCCAAUACAUAACCAUGCUCCUGAACCAACUACAAGUGGAUUGAAGGAAAGAAAGAGAAGAUUGAGAUUUUCCAGGAGGUUAGUUGAAAAACCAAUUAUUAACAACACUAACUACAGUCCAGAAAUGCACCAAAUCAAGGCUGACCACCAACACCAACAGCAGCUUCACCAACAACUCCACCACCAGCACCAUGACACUCCUUCAGUGCAGGAUCCAGCAGUUAUUGCUGCUAUUGAACUGGCUCCUGCCACUGCAGCAGCUGCUAUCAGUCACCUCCAGCAACACCAUCACACUCCAGUGGAUCCAAAUAUUGAUCCAAAUGUUGAUCCUAGUGUGCAAGAGCAUGAUCAUUCUCAUAGAUAA